GAGUGUUAUGCAAGUAAACCAAAGUUUCAAAAACCUCUUUUGUACUCAAUUUUUUUUUUUCGCAGUGCAAAAAAACAAAACAAAACAGUAAGAAUGGAAGAAGAGUACUCUGUGGAUCCGGCUAAGUUACUCGAAGCAGCUACUGACUUUGCGUAUCAUCCUGGCGCUCAUUCCGAUGCUUCAGCUCAAGAUUUUCUCAAUCGAUUUCCUCUUCCAGCCAUUAUCAAUGCUUUGCAAACAAAAGCAGAUUACCCUGGCCUAGAAAAUGCCUUGGUUGAUUGUUUAGAAAGGCUUUUCAAAACAAGAUAUGGAGCAUCACUCAUUCCACACUACAUGCCAUUUGUUGUUGUCGGUCUGGGUGCAGAUUCUCAGAAAGUCAGACGUUUAGCAUGCCAAAUAGUAUCUUGCCUGUUGGAGAAUAUUGAUGAAGCAAUUAUUAUACAGCUAAUUAAUGAGUAUGGAGUUUAUCAACUUUUGCUUAAUUGCCUUAUCAGUGGGGAUGAGGAAGUUGCUGCAGCAUCUACAGAUGCAAUUAGGAAACUGGCUAGCCAUUCGAAAGGCAUUGAUAUAAUAUUUCCGGGAAGUGGCAAUGAAGCGACAAACCUCGUGAACUUGGCAACCAACUGUUCACCUCUGGGAAGAGUUAGAAUUUUAGCUUUGAUAGUGAAGUUAUUCUCCAUUUCCACUUCUGUGGCGUCAAGAGGCUACAACUCAAAUCUUCUUAGCCUGUUGGAGGCAGAAAUUAGCAAUUCAAAUGACACAUUAGUCACUCUGAACAGCUUGGAACUCCUAUAUGAGUUGGCUGAUGUUCAGCACAGCACUGAGUUCUUGUCAAGGACUAAACUUCCCCAAAUUCUUACUUCUAUUAUUAGUGAUGCUUCUGCUGAAUCAAUUUUGCGAUCAAGAGCAAUGAUGAUAACUGGAAGGCUGAUGGCAAGGGAGAAUGCCCUCGUGUUCAUCGGUGAAUCUGGUUGUAGGGAUCUUAUUUCUGCAAUUGACGGGAGACUCGAUUUGUUAGAAAGUCAAAAUGCAGAUGAAUGUGAAUGUGCUCUUGAAGCAUUGGGACAAAUUGGAUUGUCCAGCAAAGGGGCAGCAUCACUUCUCUCAGGUGCACAACCUGCAGGAAGACAUGUGAUUUAUGCAGCUUUUGAUCGGCAACAGCAUGGUAAACAGCUGGCGGCAUUACAUGCUCUUGCAAAUAUUGUUGGAGAAACUCGUGCAGAAAAUGAUGUAUUGCUGAAUGGUGACGCAGAGCAGAGUCUUCGGCGCCUGAUCUAUGAAACAGCAUCCAAGACUUCAAAGCUGACACCUUCAGGUCUCCUCUUAUCAGUUCUUCAACAGGAUUCAGAAAUUCGUAAGGCGGGCUACAGAGUGAUAACUGGGUUGGUGAUGCGAGCUUGGUGCCUGAUGGAGGUUAUCUCCAGACGAGAAAUAAUAGAUAUAGUGACUGACGCAUUUACAGAGACAGAAAAGAUAGGUAUGGAAGCUAGACACAAAUGUUGCCAGUCAAUCUACAAAGGUUUCACCUCAUCUAGUAAACUGAUCGCUGACAGUGCACUUUCUGGUGUAGUCACAAAGCUUGAGGAAGCUAUCAGAAGAGGUCCAUAUCUAGGAAGAAAGCAUUCGGAAGCACAACCUGCAGUGAUGACUGAGCAGAGAUUUUAGUCUUUCUCGACAUCAUAGAUACUAUCUACAAGUGCUAUUUUCAGCCAUGAUGUACCAUCUUUAAGAUGUUUAACUCCCUGUAGUCUGUAGUGGAUCAACUUGCUUGCUCACUUCCCUUGUAAAAUGUCCCCCUUUCUGUAGGCCAGCAACAAAGAUGGUAUACUAGAUGUCUAGGCAUUUGGCGUUAACUGCUAAAGUUGGGUUUAGCUAUUCGAGUUCACUGGCCUAGUACAUUUCAAAAGAUUUCAUCCAAGAGACUGCAUUACUUUAUGCUGGAAUGUCUCCUGCCGAAUUGAUAAAUGCUUGAACUCGAGCUUGUUUAGACGGGCCGAUAUUGAGCUAAAAUAUCUAUGUUGAAUCUUGGUUGGCUCUA